AUGGGUCGUCCACGUAUAUGGCGGAAUGACCGCUUUUGGCUUGCUGUUGAUCAUACUGUCGAUCCACGUGUAAACCACCAGCCACGUCAGCAAAUGAUGAUCAAAGCAUCGGAAGAUUUUGCCAAGGAGGCACAACUGACGAAUUUUCAACCACCCAAUACAACGAUUCUACAUACAGAAUUCUAUCGUCAACGUGCCCAACCUGAUGUUGUCAUGCCUCUUGUGACGGGAGAGACGUGGAUUAAGGUGCCUGAGACGGUCUUGAUUGAGUUUGUUGGCACGCCUCCUAUUGGAAUGGGUGGUAAGGAUGUCAUGCUCUAUACGUUGGGCCAGCUUAAGUGCAACACUGUGGCUAUUGGCCGUUGUGUGGAGUGGGGUGGCAAUAUUUCGGCCCUCUCAUGCGAUGCUCGUUUUGCUAUUAGUAAUAUGACGGCUGAGUUUGGCGGUAUUGCUGGUGUUUUUCCUGCCGAUGAGUGCACUGCUGCGUAUAUUUCUAAGCGCCCGGACCAUAACCAGGACGCAUUGUACUUUCGUGCUGACAAGGACGCUGAGUACGCUGAGAAGUUCCAGAUCAAUUUGGACAACCUUGAGCCUCAAGUGGCUCUGUUCCCAUCGCCAGACAAUGUCAAGCCCGUGUCAGACGUUGUGGGUAUGAAACUUGACGGCUGCUUUAUUGGUGCUUGUACUACUGCGGAGGAGGACCUGGUUCUUGGCGCUCUUGUGCUCGAGGCCUGCCUGAAUCAAGGCAUGAAGCCAGUAGCUCAUGGCCAGCGUCGAGUGACUCCUGGUAGUCAGAUCAUUGUAAACAAUUUAAAGAAGCACGGGUUGAUCGACGUGUACGAGAAGGCUGGCUUCGUUGUCGGUGCUCCAGGCUGCAGCUUCUGCCUAGGUAUUGCUGCCGAUGUUGCUGGGGAGAACGAGGUUUGGCUUAGCAGUCAAAACCGGAACUAUCGCAACCGUAUGGGCAAGGGCUCUAUUGCUAACCUUGCUUCAGCCAUUACGGUUGCUGCUUCCAGUUUUGCAAUGGAGGUGACGGAUCCAACCCCUUUCCUCAAGCUAAUUGACGUUGAAAAGUUCAAGUCGGCUGUGCCCAAGCAGCCCACGGUAUCCAUUGCAAUUGCUGAUGCGAAUCCGGAGAUAUCAGACUCUUCGGCUGAAGCCAAUGGCAAAGCUGAUGCUGAGGAUGCUGCUUCUCUGGCAACGUUUUCAGGCUCUAUCAAUGGCCGCGUUCAGGUCUUUGGUGAUAACAUUGACACCGAUGCGAUUCUACCGGGCGAAUUCCUGUGCGAGAACGACGUUGAGGCGUUGGGUAAGGUCGCUUUCCUGCACACAAACCCGGACUUUCGUGAGAAGGUGAAGCAGGGUCAAAACAUUGUUGUUGCGGGUCAUGGUUUUGGCUGUGGUUCAUCACGCGAGCAGGCUGUGACUGCCAUGAAGGGCGCUGGUGUGAAAGCUUUGAUUGCUCGCUCAUUUGGAUACAUUUUUUCGCGUAAUUACCAGAAUUUUAGUCUGGUAGGCAUCCAGCUUGACGACGACCGCUUUUAUGAGCUGGCCAAGGAGAACGUUGAUAUCACUGUGAACAUGACUGGGCGCACGAUUGAGGUGGGCGGAGAGACAUUUCGCUUUAAUAUGUCGCUCUUUGAGGAGCGUCUGCUUGCUGGAGGAGGUAUAAUGCCAUUGUACAAGAAGUUUGGCAAUCGUCUCUUCCGUGUGGCAGUGCAAAACCCUGUGACCAGCAAGGGCAGCUGUGGUAGCAGUGAUUGCUCGAGUAAACAGACGACUCCUGCGUCAGCAGUAGCAGACGCUUCAAAGGAUCUUUCGUGGUAA